ACCCCUCCGUCGCCGGCGAAAAGCAGACAGCCCGACCGAAAAGCAUCAACUCCAUUCAGAAGAAACGGAGGAGUUACGUGCUAAAUAAAAUUAUGUCCAGCGACGACAGUAGUAGUGAUAGCAGUUCGUCCAGCGACGAAAGGCAAAGGAAACGGAAGCACAAGAAGCACAGCAGAGAUGUGGACAAGUCCAAAAAGAAGAAGUCAAAAAAGCACAAGAAGGAAAAGCGUCGCCACAAGGAGAAAAAGCGCAGCAAGCAAGAUGAAGAGAAUUCUGUGACCUAUGCGCAACCUGCACAUUUGUUGAAUGCAUCUCGGCCAGCUAUGACUGCAAGCAACGAAGAUUCCUUUGGUCCCGCUCUGCCGCCGCACUUGAGAAAGCCCCAGCAGCCGGAACUCCCUGAGCACAGCCAGACCGCAUCACAGCCGCAGGCCAUGAUUGGACCUAUUAUGCCCAGCAAUUUGGCCCGGGAAAAGUCUCCUAUGAAGGAAGCGGACGCUGAGGACGAUGAUGACCUGGCUGGCACCUUUGGUCCUCUGCCGAAUGCCAGUCAAGUGGCUCUGGAGGAACGUGCUUUGGCUCUGAAACUGGCGGCUCUGGAGGGCGGCGGAUUGGGUACAUCAACAGACCAGGAUGUCCGCGAGGAGUGGAUGCUUGAGUUGCCGGAUGUGGGAUUAAAGAGCGGCCUUGCUGCCCUGAGCAAUAUGAAGCGCACCUUUUACCAGGGAAAAGAGCGACCCGACUUUAGCGAUCGCUCAUCCUGGACGAAGACCCCGCAGAGUGAAGCGGCUGCUGCUGCAUCGGGCCCAAAGUCCUUCAGCUCGAAGGAACUGGAGCAAAUGGCACAGGUCAAGUAUGAACAGCAGCGGGAUGACGAGCAGGAAAGCAUGGCCAAGAAGCACAAGAAGAAGCACAAGCGAGAGGAGUCUCUUGUGGAGCUGCAUCAAAAGAAGCUUAGAAAAGAGCAGAGACAAAAGGAAAAGGAACUGGCUGCAUCGGGUUCAAAGCCUGAACGAAGACCCUUUAGCAGGGAUGUGGACUUGAAGCUCAACAAGAUCGAUAAGAAUCAAACUAAGCAGAUUGUGGACAAAGCCAAGAUACUCAACACCAAGUUCUCCAGGGGUCAAGCCAAGUAUCUGUAGGCAAAGUGAACAAUAUAAAGCAGGGCGAUUCGGAACCACAUGUUAAACUUAAGAAAUUUUGUAAUUUAAAUUAGAAAAUAAGUCG